UACAGAUUAUAUUAUUUUAUGCGUCCCCUUAAAAUUGAGAUUUCAAAUGAAUAGUUAAUAUUUAAUUGAACAUUUUUUUUUUUUUUAUAUUACUGUUACUCAAUUAAUAUGUAACAAACAUAGAUUUAGUUAAAUUUACACAUAAAUAGUUAAUUUACAUAAAUAUUAACAUGAAAAUGUUUUAUUUUAUCACAAUAUUGGGAAUUACCUCUUCUUCUAAUGCAGACUGUGGAUGCAAUAUAAAUCGCAUUAAGACAGACAUGAAGAAAGAGGAAGCUUGUACAACAAUCUCAAGAAUAAGUCAUUUGGAAACAAUCGAAUCCAUGGUUUUCAUCAAAGGAGGAAAUUUUACAAUUGGAACUGACAAACCAGAAAUUGUAGCAGAUGGUGAAUCACCUUCCCGCCAAGUUUACUUGAAUGAUUAUUUUAUUGAUAAGCAUGAAGUGAGCAAUACAGAAUUUAAAAAAUUUGUUGACAUAACUGGAUACCAAACUGAAGCAGAAACAUUUGGUGAUUCGUUUGUAUUUCAAUUAUUUCUCAGUGAAACAACAUUGAAAUCAAUAACAAAAGCCGUCAAAGAUGCUCCAUGGUGGGUUCCUGUUAAAGGUGCUAACUGGAAGCAUCCAGAAGGAGAAGAUUCCAAUAUUAAUGAUAGAAAAAAACAUCCUGUUAUACAUGUUAGUUGGAAUGAUGCUAUAGCAUAUUGUACAUGGGCAGGAAAACGACUUCCGUCUGAAGCUGAAUGGGAAGUAGCUUGUAGAGGUAAUCUCAAAGACCGACUCUAUCCUUGGGGAAAUAAACUACUUCCAAAUAAUAAACAUAGAACAAAUAUCUGGCAAGGUGAAUUUCCUUUUAAAAACACUGCAGAAGAUGGUUGGGCAACUACUGCUCCUGUAGAUUCAUUUCCAGAAAAUGGUUAUGGUCUUAAUAAUAUGGUAGGAAAUGUUUGGGAAUGGACAAAUGAUUUUUGGAGUGUAUAUCAUGAUCAAAAUUCAAAAAAUUCAAGUGGUCCUUCAAAUGGAAAAGAAAAAGUAAAAAAAGGUGGUUCAUACUUGUGUCAUAAAAACUAUUGUUACCGAUAUCGAUGUGCUGCACGAAGUCAAAAUACACCAGAUAGUUCUGCAUCAAAUCUUGGCUUUAGAUGUGCAAAAGAUGGAUAGUUUGGAAAACUAAUAACUACUGUGAUUUUUUUGAACGAAAGAAAACUUUUUUUAACUACUUUUUAUACAUAAAUAUAUUUCAAAACCAUUAAAUAAUUAAAU